AUGGAAAGAGACGGCUAUUUGAAAAGUAUCUGGCAAGACGGCCAGGAAUAUUAUCAGCCUUCUAACACUUGGAAAAAAGACAUGGUUUAUGAUGUUGCAAUCACUGGGGGGGGGAUUACCGGGCUAACAACAGCACUCCUGUUGCAACAGCAAGGAAAAAAAUGCAUCAUUGCAGAAGCCCAUACCAUUGGUCAUGGGACUUCCCUGGGCACCAGCGCGCAUCUGAACACCAUUCUGGACACUUCUUAUUCUGUCAUUGAAAAGAUGUUUGGCAGCAACGCUGCCAAACAGAUCGCAACGGCUUCCCGCGAGGCAAUUGAUCUCAUUGAAAACAUCGUUAAUGAGCAUGAUAUCGACUGCCACCUGAAGUACCAGACCGGUUAUCUUUUUGCACAAAACGACGAUGAAGUACAGGAACUGGAAAGCCUUAAAGAAGCGGCAGAAAGAGCUGGCAUUGUAGUCAACUGGAGCCCCCAGAUACCGGCUCCUUUCAACUUUAAAAAGGCCUGCAGGAUCGGUUUUCAGGCGCAGCUGCACAUCGGAAAAUAUCUGGCAGGACUGGCUGCAGCUUUCGAAGCAGCCGGCGGUGUGAUCUUACAAAACUGUGUGGUUUCGGCGGUGAAAGAAGCGGCGUAUAUAUCUGCAGCAACUUCACAGGGCGAGGUCAAAGCAACCACCCUUGUUUAUGCCACAGAGAUACCGGACGAUGCUACUCUCCUGCAACUGCGCUGCACACCUUAUCGCAGUUAUAUAAUGGCCUGCCGCUUAAACAAUGAUCAGUACCCCGAUGGGAUGGUCUAUGAUAUGAAGGAUCCCUACAGCUAUUUUCAUACAGAAGAAAUAGACGGCAUCCAAUAUCUUAUUGCCGGUGGGUUUGAUCAGACAACCGGCCAUGAAGCAGAUACAGAAACGUUUUUCACACAGCAGGAAGCUUUUUUGCGUGCCCAUUUUGACAUUGCGUCUAUUGCGUAUAAAGGCGCUUCAACCUGUUAUAAUACGGAAGACGGACUCCCUUAUAUCGGGCUGCUGCCAGGUCAUGAUGCUAUUUAUACAGGUACGGGCUAUAGUGGCAACGGACUGGUAUCAGGCACAUUGGCGGGGCAGAUGAUCGCUGAUGCAAUUGCUGGGAAAGAUAAUCCAUACGCUGACCUUUUAAGCCCUGCCCGUAUAAAGCCGGUCACGAGCUAG